AUGCAAACGCCUUUCAAACAGAGACUGCAGCAGCAGCAGCAGCAGCAGCAGCACGAGCAGCAGCAGCAGCAGCAAAGGAAUAAAUAUUUUAAAAGCCACAGCAGCGCCUUCCUCGCUGCGUCGAAGGCCUCAAACUUUGAACGACAGAUCUCCGAGCGCCGCUGCAGCAGCAGCAGCAGCAGGAGCAGCAGCAACAGCAGCAGUACAGGAGCAAGCGUGAAUGUCGGGGCAGCAAAGCGAGUACAACGAGAGAAGAGCAGCAGAGAGAGCAGCAGCAGCAACUCUGGAGAAGCGGAAGCUGCAGCAGCAGCAACAACGGCAACCGCAGCAGCAGCAACCGCAGCAACAGUAACCGCAGCGACAGCAGCAGCAACAGCAGCAGCAACAGCAGCAGCAGCAGCAGCAACAGCAGCAGCCCACUGCAUGCGUCUCCAUUCGAAGCAGCCUGCAGCAGCAGAAGCUUCUGCUGCUGCAACAGCAGCUUCUGCUGCUGUUGCAGCAGCAACAGUCAGCUGCACAACAACAGCAAACACUGCAGCAGCAGCAAUCGGUACAGCAGCAGCGACUGCAGCAGCAAGAAAAAGCGAAACAGCAACCAAAAUAGCAGCAGAAACACAAGUAAGUGCAGCAGCAGCAGCAGAACUCAAUGCGGCAGCAGCAGCAGCAGCAUACCUUCAUUUCUCUCGCAUCAACGCUAAGAGCAUCUUCCAGCUUCGGCUGCAGCAAACGCCCAGAGCAGCUCCUCCGUCACACUCACAGCAGCAGCAGCAGCACCAGCAGCAACAGGAGCAACAGCAGCAGCAGCAACGGCAGCAGCAGCAACAACAACAGCAGCAACAGCAGCAACAGCAGCAAGCUGCACACCUCGCCGUUGACAAGAUCUAUCCAAAGGGCCCUUUGAGCGUCUGGAAGUGCAGCAGCAUUAACAGACAAACCGACAAAGUUGUGUCGCUGCAGCAACGCAUGCAGCGCUCGGUGGCGCUGCAGCAGCAACAACAGCAACAACAGCAGCAGCAGCAGCAACAGCACAUGCAAUGGUAUCAUUUCCCCCUAAGGCAGUGCAGCCACCCACCAGCAGCAGUAGCAACAGCAGCAGCAACAGCAGCAGCAGCAGCAGCAGCAGCACCAGGAACCACAGUACGAAGAGCAACAAGAGAAAAAGGCCAACGCCAGCAGCAGCAACAGCAGCAACUACAACAACAGCAGAGGCACCGGCAGCAGCAGCAGCAGCAGCAACAAGAACAGCAGCAGCAGCAGCAGCAGCAGCAGGAGUGGCAUAAGGGAUUUGUUGGGUGUAUCAUGCUCAGCAUGUCUGAGGUGUAUAGGCAGCAUGCAGCCUCACCUCUAGAGCUACCUUUCUAUUUAAGAACCAGUCUUUUAACUCUCUAUCUACUGCAUGCAGCUCUUGCUGCAGUGUCUCUGCAGCAAGCUGCCGCCUGUCAACCGGAGAGGCGACGACCCCAACGCCAGCAGCAGCAGCAGCAGCAGCAGCAGCAGCACCAAACGCCCGCGGCAAACCCACAAAACCCCACGCCAUCUGCAGCAACAGCAGCACACAAACGUGCAGAGAACAGCUGGAAAUGUUGCAGCAGAAAACAAAGCAGCAGCAGCAGCAGCAGCAGCAGCUAUGGCAACAGCAGCAGCGGCUGCAGCAGCUACGGCAGUAGCAGCAGCAGCGGCUGCAGCAGCUACGGCAGUAGCAGCAACAGCAGCAGCAGCAAGGAGACAAAAGGCUGA